AUGAGGUAUUCGUUUGAUGUACAAAUCAAGUCUACGAACAACAUCGCCAAUGCUGAUGGACUAUCCAGGCUUCCAGAGGGCCCCGAUUUGACGUUUGAUGAGCAAAUGCAGCAAGGAAUUUUCAACGUCGAGGACGAAGAGAUUAACUCUGUACACGACUUUCAUAUGUCUACUCUGCCAGUCACCGCUAAGCAUAUCGCAGACGCCACUCAGAAAGAUCACUGCUUGGCGCAAGUCUUGGAGUUUAUUGUCAAUGACUGGCCAAAGAAUCCGGAGCCACAGUUUGCCAUAUAUUUUCAGAAGCGAACUGAGCUGACAUCUCACAGAGGAUGCGUCCUUUGGGGACUACACACCGUGAUUCCGGAGAAGUAUCGAGCGGAUUUGCUGGACACUCUACUUGAUUGUCAUGUUGGACAGACCAAAAUGAAAAUGCUUGCCCGCUCAUACUUGUGGUGGCCAGGUCUUGACAAGGAUAUUGAAGCAAGGGUGCGAUGUUGCGAUCAAUGUGCAUCCGUCGCGGCACAAGAAUCUCCGGUGCCACUUCAUCAGUGGGAGUCACCAGAGAAGCCCUGGUGUCGACUGCAUGCUGAUUUUGCAGAGCUGCAUGGGAAUCAUUAUUUUGUCUUAGUAGAUGCUUUCAGCAAGUGGCCAGAAGUGGUGCGCAUGGUUUCUACCACAGCAAUCAAGACUAUUGAGGUGUUGAAAGACAUCUUUCUUCACAAUGGUCUUCCCCAGGUACUGGUGUCGGACAAUGGCCCUCCUUUCACCAGUCAACUUUUCGAACGUUUCUUGUCGGAACAAGGAAUUCUUCAUGUUCGGACACCUCCAUAUCAUCCCAAGUCGAACGGGCAAGCAGAGAACUUUGUCCGAACUUUAAAAGCUGCGCUGUCCCGUUCAAGCGUGGAGGACAGGGAGGUUUUGAGAAGUUUCGUUUUCAAAUACCGGGUAACCCCACAUGCGUCCACCGGCCGUCCACCAUGUGAGUUACUCAACAAUCGGCAUUAUCGGUCCGUGCUGGAUCUUGUACGGCCCGCUGGUCCGUCUUCAUCUCCUCCUGCAAGAGACGUCGCCACUAAGGAACGUCAGAAGCGAUGUCACGACAAACGAGCACGAGACAGAUCUUUUGGGUCCAACACGUGUGCCUGGAUGCACGACCCACACAAAAAGGGACACUGGAGUAGUGCGACCAUUGUGGGCCAGGAGGGGAACGUUAUAUUCCGAGUGCGAGACGCUGAUGGUAAGAUGCAUCGCGUACAUAAAGAUCAUCUGAAGCAAAGGGGAAGUCUUCAAUCCUGGGAGGACGAACUUCCUAGGGCAUCGCCUGCCUCUUGUCUCCCACCAGACUGCCUCUUGCCAUUCCCAGAAGUUGAUGACACCUUCACCUCCUGUGGCGACAACCAGACUUCAACUGAACCGUCUCCCGUUCGCAGGCCAACGUCGGCACCAGGAAACGAAGCAGCGGGACCGGACAGCAGUGUACGCCGCUACCCCUUACGGGAUCGUCAUCCUGUCGACCGCUAUGGCUCGAUCUAA